AGCUUGCGUCACCCGCAGUGUGGGUGACGUUGCCGGCGGCGGCGGCGGCGUGGGGCUGACGUCUUGUGGACGUCCGCCCGACGCAAAGCGUCUCCGGAACGGGGAGAGUCCAACAAGUUACGGAGUCCGCAGCUGUGCGGCGAUCGUGUGCGUUCUUUACUUCACCAAAUAUUAGCGGCUCAACGCUCCAUGUAUUUAUUCGUAGGCACGCGGUACAAGCGGCGUUGUUGUUGUUGCUGCUGCUGCAGCUGUUGUUGUUGUUGUUGAUUCGAGAGCGCCUCGUCCGUGUUGUUUACCCACGUUGCGUUUCAAGCCGUUGCGCGUGGAUUAUUUCAAAAGGCUGGGGGGGGACCUCAAUUGCGAUACGGAGCAGUCUUUUGUGCAACAUUCAUCGCCUUCUGUGCUCUGCAAUCGUCGCCUUCGUCACCAGGGAUGUUAUAAUAAUAAUAUCGCGGGGUUAAGGUCUAGUUCCGAUCAAAACAUCGUCGCAAUGAUGUGAGCAGCAGCAGCAGGAGGAGGAGGAGGAAUUACUUCCUACACCCCUUAUCCAACCAGUCCUGUAUUCUCGGAAGGAGGGGAGAUCUUUUGUUGUGUUGAUCUGCUUCGUGCAACUGCGUGCACACACGGACGGGGCCGUAAAGCGUCGAGGAUUUUUUCCCCCUCCGCGUUUAGGUCGAAAUUCAUCAACGAUCACACCUCGAUCAUCCGAAACAACGGCGAAUAAACACAUGGCGUAGCUGGGCUUUAUAUUCGCAAGGCUACUCUGCCUGCCUGCUGCUGUUGUUGUUUACGGACGGACAGGAAUCAACAACAACAACACCCUUUUUGUUGUUGUAGUGGUGGUGGUGGGUGGCCCGUGACCAUCAGCGUGGGUCUGAAUCUGGCAAGAGGGCCCACGAUUCACUGACAACAGCUCAGCCUGGUAAGGAGCACCAGGCAAAGAGGAUUAAAGGACGAAGAACUCCACCCCCACCACCCCCCCCUGGGUGUCAGGAUCUGUGGGAAGAAGAGGGAGGAGGUAGGGGAAGAGGGUGGUGGAGUCUGGGAUCUCCCCGAUCUGAUAGGAGACGAGCAAAGCCAUCUGGCCAUUGUGGCCACCCCACAUCUGUUCGGGGAGGAGCAGUUUCGGCUCUACUGGAGAGACCUGGGACUGUAGGGGGGAAGGAUGAGGAUAGCUGGUCAGUACCACGGACUCGGAUAACAUCGUGAUGAGAAGAUCAUCUUUGUGAAGAGGACAAAGGCCCGGGGAGAAACCGGCCACCCUGGCUACCGUGGAUUUGUGACCGUCUGGAACGUGUAGAGACGGACACUGGAGCAAGACCGAUCUACCAACACCAACACCACCACCAACACAAGCUCGUGGAGUGACCGAGCACCCGACGGUUGCUGGUAUUGGAGUUCCUGGAGGAAGCGGUGUUAGAGGAAGUGGAGGUGGAGGAGGAGCAACAGCAGCAGCAGGAGACACAAUGGCAGGCCUGCUGUGCCGUCUGGUUGCGGCCGCUUUGCUGAGCCCUGCCGCGUGGCCCGGCGCCUCCUCGGCCACCGACAAGGAAGAGUCGUGGUACACGGCCUUCGUGAACAUCUCCUACGUGGAACCCGACAGCCGGGAGCCACGCUCGGAGCGCACAGAGUGCGGCCGCUACGGGGACGACUCUCCCAAGGUGGAGGCCAGGGGCAUCUUGGUGGCCCCCACGGGAGACCGCUCGGCCUGCGACCCGGCCACCACCCGCUUCAAUGUCCCGGUGUUCCCGCCGUCAUCGGCGCAGCAGCUGCAGCAGCAGCAGCCGAGCCAUGGACCAGGGCAGCGGCUGCGGGCAGGUAGCGGUGGUGGUUCUAAGGCUGCAUCUGUACCAUGGGUGGCACUGAUCUCCAAAGAGAACUGUUCGGUGCGGGACAAGAUUCUGCGCGCCAUGGCGCACAACGCCUCGGCUGUGGUGAUUGCCAACGGGCCCGGCACGGGAAACGAGACCACAGCAAUGCACCACAAAGGACAGCCAGUCCAGUACAUGGGUUGUCUUUUCAUUGAAGUCCAUUACGAUGUUGAUAUCGAAGACACGGGCGAAAUCGUGGUCAUCAUGGUCACGGAACUCAAGGGGAGAGAGAUGAUGUCUCUGCUUGAGCGGAACAUCACGGUCAUGGUGCACGUCACGGUGGGCACGCGCAACGUGCAGAAGUUCGUCAGCCGGACGUCGGUGGUGUUCGUCUCCAUCUCGUUCAUCGUGCUCAUGAUCAUCUCGUUGGCGUGGCUCGUCUUCUACUAUGUCCAGAGGCUACGCUAUGCCAGCGCACGCGACCGCCACCAGAGGAGACUGGGAGAUGCUGCCAAGAAGGCAAUGACUAAACUUCCACUGAAAACCAUCAAGAAAGGGGAUCAGGAAACGGAACCUGACUUCGACAACUGUGCAGUUUGCAUUGAAGGUUACAAGCCCAGUGAUGUAGUACGGAUAUUACCUUGCAAACACCUGUUCCACAAAGCGUGCGUGGACCCCUGGCUGCUGGACCAUCGCACGUGCCCCAUGUGCAAACUCAACAUCCUCAAGGCUCUGGGCUUCCCCACGAGUCCUGAGCCGGGCGAGGAGCUCCCUCCGCCGGCAGUGGGUGUGUCAGCCAUGGCGGCGCUGGCAAAUCGCAACGCGCACGAGGGCGGGGCGGCCGGUGGCGGGGCGAUGGUGGGCAUCGGCAGGGUGCACGGUGGUUACGUCGGCCGAGGGAUCGGCGGCGGAGGAAGUGGCGCCGGCUCGGGCAGCGACAGCAGCCUCAACCUGGAGCCGCCGCAAUACGAAGAGGUGGUGCAGGUGGCACACGUGGAACCCACGACGCCCUCCACGCCGCACAGCGACGCCGACAUCGACUUCCAUGACGACGAAGAACGCCUGGUGAGAGACCGGAGCUCCUCUCAGCCCAUCACGGUGGAGAUCAGACUGUCUGACAUCGACCUCGCUGACCAAAGCCCUCGCGGGCAAGAAAUUCUCUCGUGACCGCGACGUCGUGCGAGAUUUGGGAGCACUGGGUUCCACUUUUCUUUUUGGGUUGUGGUUUUGUUUCGGUUUAUUUUUUUAUUUUGAUGGCAAAAUGUUAGCACAAGAUGGCUGCCACAUCUUGAUUGUACAAAAAAUCCCAGCUGAGGCCGUUUACAUGCCUGAAAAUCGCGCCUCUGAAAUUGUGAACAGCUUCUUUGCUUGUAGAGAGCUACGUAUGACUUGUAAAUGUAAAUUAUUGCCGUCGAAAUUACGUUGCUGUUUUAUAACUGUGGUACACAUGCCGUAGUUAAUGUGCUGAGCCAACAGGUCUAUGAUUCAUGCUUAAAUAUUGCUGUUACCUAGAGAUGUUAUUGUUUCUAUGGUUAUUGAGGUUUGGAGGUUUAAAAGUUUUAUUUUAUGUGCAUUAAACACUUUAUUUGGAUGGGUAAUGCUAAGCUUGUCUCCAGCCAAAAAAUCUCUACUUCUUUGUGAAAUAUUUGACUGUGAGUGCAUUUACACAACUUUUGUUACAUUUUAUUGGGAAUCUAAAUAAAAUGUUUAUGCCCGA